AUGAUGAUGCCAGAAAACGUUCGCAUCUUGAGAGGCAAGACACAGUUUGCAACGGGAAAGUCAAUUACCCAAACGCUCGACGAACUUAAGAAGGACGGCGAGGAUGAGAUUAUAAAGGAGGAAGCUUCCGCGCCGAAACCGGAAAUUCCAGUUGUGCCCAACAUCGACCUUCGCAGAUCACUUGAGACAAAGUAUGCAAGGAGGAGGAGUAAGAUCUCCCCGUCUCCGACUACCACGAUCUCACCCUGGAAGGCGGUUGCUGAUGACCUUCGUAACCAGCUGCAGAAGGAAAAGGAGCGAAAACAGAAGGCAAUGGCAAUAACAAAUGAACCGAACUUCGCAUUUAAGAAGAUGAGGGGCAGUUCGGUAAAGCAGCUUGUACAAAUCCCCGCCGACGCGAUGCAAGUGAGGGGUGAGAAACAGGCCAGUGUGGAGACCAAACGGGUCGGAGCCAUCGGACGCAAAGCAGGCGGUCGCCGACAGCGCGGCGAGACGGGCAGCAAAGUUGUCCUGUUGCGAAGGGGUUCUAAAGGUUAUUCAGAUGUGACUAGAAGGAAAAUUCCCCUACUGAAGAGGGUUCUUCGCAGGAAAGUGUCGGGUGGGGAAAAGGCUCUGGGCACAGCAAACGACCUCGUUAAUAUCUUGAGUCGUGAAGGCGGCGCUAAGGGGAAGAGGGAACUUUUGGAAGCCUGUCAGGAAAUAUUAGCAUUGGAUCCUGGAAACCUGGAUGAUAUGCGAGAGCUUGUUCUCAGUCACAUGGACUCGGUUCAAACCAAAAUUGGCGAGCCAGAUAUGCUUGGAAAGUCCUUUAACUUCCUCAAUCUCCUCAAGACCGCACUGCAAAGAGAGGAGAACACCGAGCCUAGCCAAAUUCCAAGCCUUGACCGCCUCUUUAUCCAGGCUCUUAUCAAUGAUAUGAAACGCAUGAUGAAAGAGAUUUCAAGACUCACUGCCAUUGAACGCAUGCUCUGGUUCACUCUGCCAGAAAAUUACGAACAUAUCAUGGAAACCUACCGGGAAUUAUGGAACAUGCUUAAGUAA